UCUCAAAUGAUUUCUAAGCAGAGUUUAAGAUGGACUGAAUUUUGGAUCACUCAUGACUUAUGACUGAUGGAACAUUGUGUUUAUCUCUCUUAAUCAUUUUCAAAAGAAGUGAUUUCGUGACCUCUUCAAAUAAGAUUGUCAUUUACGAGUUUAAGUGAUUAACGAUCCCUCUUCCGAACAAAUCUCGACUUUGCGAACAUUAAAAUGACGACUUUAUCACCAGCCACGUCGCCUGCACUGACGAUCAGCGAACUAGCGACGACUAUCACGGGUGGUGUGUCGGGUACGUUGCCCGAUGCCGACGAUGUCAGCACCACCGUGGCGGCGACGACAAUGAGUGGUUUUUCUUCUUCAACACAGGAAGCGAGUGAUAAUUCGGGAUGGUCCUCGGGUUUUGACGAUCAGGUUUGGAUCAAAUUCUGUUAUGGUGUGAUCGCAGUCCUCGGUAUCUUUGGUAAUUUCAUGGUGAUGUUCACUGUAGCACGUGUCCGAUCGUUGAGAACGCUUACUAACAUGUUCAUCGUAAGUCUGGCUGCAGCAGACUUCAUCACGUCGGUCUUUCUUAUUCCACUACAUCUUGGUAAGUUAUAUUGAUUUGAUACUCUGUAUAGGGGCCGCGGUACGGCCCCAGCUAGCCCCCCCCCUCCCCUGCUUUAGCGGCCCCUGCUCUGUAAGAUAUGACCUGCGUAUUAUCCUUAGAGGAUGUUUAUAGCGUGAAGAUGAAAUCCUGGAAUUCUUGCCAAAAGAUCAAAAGAAUCAACCUGUGUUUCCAACCACUGGAGCACAAGUUAUUAAAUCUUAUUAAAUCUUGUUCCACUUUACACUCCUUAAAAUCAACUCUUAAAAGAAAUACCAUUCAAUCUUAUUCAUCGCGUGCUUCAAAUAAAUCCUCAUUAACCACUACAAUUAAAUAAAAUAUAAUAAUAAAUUCUACUGCUAUCUACAGCACCUGCACCUACAUUGCACCCACUUGUUCAGUAAUUACCAAUCUGAGUCACGAACCCUUUUUAUGAUGAGGCUGCCAUCAAUUACAAGCCUAACCGCUCACGAUGGCGGUCUCCUGCGUUCAUUUGUUAAUGUUGCUUUUUAUCAAAUUUGAAGUAUAUGCUCACAUCGUUGUUUUUAUAGUUGUGUAUUAUAUUUAUAUUGUAUACAUUAUGGAUUAUUUUGUAUAUUGCAACCAAUGUAAAUAUUUUUGAUAAUGUAUUGUAAUUACCAAUCUUAGUCACGAACCCUUUUAUGAGGCCGCCAUCAAUUACAAACUUAACCGCUCACGAUGGCGGUCUCCUGCGUAUUGUGAUGUAUUGUGAACGCAGAAAUGAAAAUAAAACAAACAAACAAAACAAACAAGUUGGGAAACUGCA